AUGGUUUUCCCUCUUGUUGCUGCAUCGCCUCAAGAUGCGCCACCGCCAGCUGUUGUGAAAGAGUUUCACUCCUAUUUUUGGUGGCUGAUCUUCGCCAUGCUGGUGAGCGUAGCGGUGUUGCAGGUGACAACAGGUGAUGGCUUCGGCAUGUUCUUCACGAUUAUUUUGUCUUUGAUCGUGUACUACAUGGUCGCCGAUGGGUGCUCCAAUAUGUCCAUGUAUUGCUUGCUGGUCUUUGGCCUCAUUUCUGGCUUCGAAGCUCUCUUUGGUGAUAGGUCAGCGUUGCUGCUGGCAAUGCCCAUAAUUAUGCUUUUGAGUGCUGUGAUGUCUUGGUGGUCAUUCAAAGCUUAUCCUACCAAUCUUUUCGGAGAUGGGGAUGAGGACUGCUCUAAAGACAUGCUUCCUUUCCACUUCAACGCGGCACCUUUGGAGCUUCCCGGGGACGGCAACAGGCCGGAAGCGAUGCUUCCCAAUGCCAGGCUACAGCUGGUUGCAUCCAGCGACAUUGAUGGCUUGGCUAAGCUGAACCUCAAGAGCGAGGUCCUCAAAGGCUUCGAAUCUUUUUGCAUGUUGAAUUUCGGUAGCUUUGAAAUGCUUCGAAGCUUCUUCGAAGUAUUAGUGGAACUGCACAGAUUUCUUCGUCAUGUCACAGUGCGCCGAUUGCUCCCAGGUUCUGGUACCUACAAUGUCCUUGCCUCGUACCGGUGGGAUGGGAAGAUUGGAAGAUCUUUGGACCAUGCAAGACAACAGAUGAAGACAUAA